AGUGAGACGAGAUGCUGAGUGAAGACCCUCGUUUUUAUGGCCUAAUAACGGUGGCAUUGGUCACAGUUCUCCUGACGCACCAGCGUUUAGGAAGGGAUCUGGACGAUAUGCGAUGGCAACACACAAUUUACUCGCGGACAGUAAAUGAUACUUAUGGCAGGCCUGUGGCGCUAAAGCUCUAUCAGGGCAAGGUGUUGCUCAUCGUGAACAUUGCCUCUAGGUGCGGCCUCACCCUUACCCAGUACACGGGCCUUCAGGAGUUGAUUGAGCGGUACGAGGAUCGUGGUCUGAGCAUCCUCAACUUCCCCUGCAAUCAAUUUGGCGGACAGAUGCCCGAGUCCGAUGGCCAGGAGACCAUGGACCAUCUACGCAAGGAGGGCGCCAAUAUAGGACACAUUUUCGCCAAGAUACAGGUUAAGGGUAGAAAGGCAGAUCCGCUUUAUAAAAUGCUAACCCUGAACCAGCCAGAAAUCGAGUGGAACUUUGUCAAGUUUCUGGUGGAUCGACAGGGAAAGGUAUUCCAACGCUAUGGCGCCCAUCUGGAGCCAUCAGCUCUGGUAGAUGACAUUGAGCGGCUUUUGAAGUGAAACAGAAAUAUAUAUAAAGAACGCAAUGCGA